AUGUUUCCAUAUGGUCGCGCGACUGUCCUGCGACAGUCGUGCGACUGUCGCACGACCAUUUUAGAUAUAUGGAAACCAACCUUUAGUAAAAAAAAUUAUACUGAUGAUGGCUAUUUUAGAGUUGCUAGUGUAGCCACAGGAAAAGUAAGUUUUACAAAAAUAUCAUUAUGGAUGCCAUUUGUAAAUCCAUCAAGUAUGUUCAGUCUUACGGUUUAUAAAGAAAUUGAAUCAAAAGUAGAACUUCCAGCACCUUUUCGUUCUAGACAGUGUGUAAUGACAACUGUUCCAGAAUCUACUGAAUUUAAUUGGAGAUUAGGUGUAAAAACUAAUGAAAUACCAAGAUAUAUCAUUGUUAGAUUCCAAAUAGGUAAAAGUGGAAAUCAACAACAAAAUCCUUCAAUAUUUGAUCAUUGCAACUUGAAAAACAUGUACGUAAUGCUUAAUCAAGAAAAACAUCCAAUACGUGAUUAUAAUCUAUCAUUUCCAAAUCAAGAAAUUAUAAAAGCUUACAGAGAUACAGCUUUGUUUCGUAAAAAUAUUUAUGGAAUGGAUGAAAUAGUCGCACAAAGUAACAUAAAUUAUUCAGACUAUAGCGAUUUAUAUCCAAUUAAGGUUUUUGAUGUGAGUAAGCAAUCAGAAAGAUUAAAAAUAACAGUAGUAGAUAUUCAAGUUAUAGCAUCAUUUAGUAUUAAUGUUUUAGCAAAUACUACAGGAUACGCUGUUAUAAUAUCUGAUAGAUUUGGACGACUUCAAUCUAAUAGAAAUAGAUUUAGCUUUGAAUAUUAA